AUGUUCCGCCUCUCGACCGUCCUCGCCUCGAGGGCCGCCAUGGCCUCGGCCACCCGUCGCGCCCUCCCUGCCCUUGCCACCUCUGCCCGCCACUAUGCCAUCGGAAAGACCGCCCUCUCCGCCGAGAACGAUGUUGUCGCCAAGAUUGAUGGAAAGCGUCAGGAGUCGCUCAUGGGUGGUGGUCUGAAGAGAAUCGAGACCCAGCACAAGAAGGCAGAUGCUGGAUCUUUCCGCGAGUACGACGCCUUUGUCGAGCACCAGUGCGUCGACUUUGGCAUGGACAAGCAGAAGAUCACAGGAGAUGGUGUUGUUACUGGUCACGGAACCAUCAACGGUCGCCGCGUCUUCCUCUUCUCUCAGGACUUCACCGCCUUUGGUGGUUCGCUCUCCAAGACCCACGCCCAAAAGAUCUGCAAGAUCAUGGACAAGGCUCUUCUCGUCGGUGCCCCCGUCCUCGGCUUGAACGACUCUGGCGGAGCCCGUAUCCAGGAGGGUGUUGAGUCCCUUGCCGGAUACGCUGAUAUCUUCUUGAAAAACGUCAUGUCGUCGGGAGUUGUUCCUCAGAUCUCGCUGAUUAUGGGACCCUGCGCUGGAGGUGCCGUCUACUCGCCUGCUUUGACCGAUUUCACCUUUAUGGUGCGUGAUACUUCCUACCUUUUCGUCACUGGUCCCGAUGUCGUCAAGACCGUCACCAAGGAGGAGGUCACCCAGGAGGAGCUCGGAGGAGCCAAGGCCCACACUGUCAAGUCUGGUGUUGCCCACAACGCCUUCGAGAACGACGUCGAGGCUUUGCAGCGCCUUCGUGACUUUGUCGAUUUCUUGCCCCUUUCCAACAAGGAGCCCGCCCCCGUUCGUUACACCGACGAUCCCUCGACCCGUGAGGAUGACUCGUUGAACCAGAUCGUCCCCGUCGACUCGACCAAGGCCUACGAUAUCAAGGAUGUCAUUACCCGCUUGGUCGAUGACUCUCAGUUCUUUGAAAUCAUGCCCGACUAUGCCAAGAACAUUGUCAUUGGUUUUGGUCGCAUGGGUGGUCGCACUGUCUCGAUCAUUGCCAACCAGCCCUUGGUCUCGUCCGGAGUUCUUGACAUCAACUCGUCCGUCAAGGCUGCCCGCUUUGUCCGCUUUGCUGAUGCCUUCAACAUUCCAAUUUUGACCUUGGUCGAUGUCCCCGGUUUCUUGCCUGGUACCGCCCAGGAGCACAACGGUAUUAUCCGUCACGGAGCCAAGCUCUUGUACGCUUACGCCGAGGCCACUGUUCCUAAGGUCACUGUCAUUACCCGCAAGGCCUAUGGUGGCGCCUAUGAUGUCAUGAGCUCCAAGCACCUUCGUGGUGAUCUCAACUACGCCUGGCCCACCGCCGAGAUCGCCGUCAUGGGAGCCAAGGGUGCGGUUGAGAUUAUUUUCCGCUCUAGCUCUGACCGUGCGACGGCUGAGAAGGAUUAUAUUAGCAAGUUUGCCAACCCCUUGCCCGCAGCGCAGCGCGGAUAUAUCGAUGAUGUGAUUGAGCCGUCGACCACCCGCCGCAGGAUCAUUGAGGACUUGGAGAUGUUGCGUACCAAGAAGCAGGAGAACCCCAAGCGCAAGCACGGCAACAUUCCUCUGUAA